AUGGCUGACUCGGUUGACUCGGCUGACUCCGACCUGAAGAAGGUAAGUAGCAUGUAAUUUAGUUCUGAAUACGGCCGUAUUCCUAAAGGAAUUACGAGAAUGAAUAGCGGGAAGGUAGCUAGUCUUAUUAUUUCGCUAUUUUCUCUGUUGACAGAGUAAAUUGUGGACCGAAACACAAAAUAACAAGCAUGAUUCUUACUUUAUUUUUAUACGUGACAAGAAAUUUCAAGUAUAGCAAUACUCGUAAUUAAUAGAUGUCUAGUCCUGUAUUAAGGUCCAAGGCAACUUCAGAAUACCCAGCCACUUUAUUUACAUGUGCCGGUGUGCUUUGAAAACGAGGUAUAUAACAAUAGUUGCUUUUCUUAUUCAAUUAGAUGCUAUAAAUAAGUGACCGGGUAUUCUGGAGUUUAGAUCUUACUUUGUCGGUGUAAAAUCAUGUAGUGAGGUGUUGAACCUUGGGCCAGUUGAUUUAUCAGUUGGCACAUAAAUAAUGAUUAUAUGAAAAAAAUAUUAUUAUGAAGUGCAGUCUGUGUUAAACAAUGCGAAGUUGUACUUUCAGCUUUUGUCAUAGUGUUGUUGAUUCACUUACAGGUUUGUAACUAUCUACGACAACGAGGAGUGGAAGAAAGGGUAGUAGACAAAUUUGAGGAAGAAAAGGUUAGCAUAAUUUUGGUUGUUUUAUCCUGUUUUAUAACUAGCACCCAUCCAGGCCGCCUAAGCAGGUGCCUGUGUGUUGUCAUAGGCAGCUAAAAUCACUUGCUAGUCAAUUGACUUUAGCUGGCUACUUUUGUGUCACUUUGUGUCACUUUGUGACAGGUUGUGUGACUUAUUAUUAAUAUCUAAUUAAGGACUGCAUGAUUAGCCAGUCAAUUUAAUUACACGUGAUUGCACGACCCAGUUUCUACAAUGACACGGGUCAGACCUCAUGGACGGUAGAUGUAUGAUUCGAGCGGCUCACAAUAAACGUUAAAAGUUGAACGUCUGUUUCUUACAAUUUUGCCAUCAACAACAAUAUAUUUUUGUAAGGAAAGAGAACCAUUGCUCAAACCAUCAUGGCUCCUUACUAUGUCUUAUCAGCCCUCCCUAACAAAGUUUUGUACUGAUCAAUAACAUAACUCAAUCUCCCCUCCCCUUCACAAACACACACCCAGACAAGGUCUAGAUUUGACAUCAUCGCAAAUGUUAAUAGACUCCCACAAUGUACCACUGGGGCAUUUUAAAGUACUGACUUCUUUUGCAUGUAAUACAAAUUAUGACUUUAUUUCACAUUACAACAAGAGCCAAACAGUGAAGGCCGAAGAAGAAAUACCCCUAUGGUGUUGCUCUCCUUGAGUUAAUUAAAAAGCUGUCACAACAAAAUAAACUACAUUCCCCUUUUCCUGCUAUUUCAAUUCUAAAAAACAAGAAUAAAUUACAUCUCCAUUGGAAAAGAGCAUUAAUAUACUAAUUAACUUAAAUCUUCUUAUCCCAGAUGGAUAUUUCAGCAGUCCUAAAUGCGAGUGAUGAUGUCCUUAAAGAUAUGGGGCUGUCGACAGCAGGGGACAGAUUAAGCCUUCGUGGCUUUUGUAGCACCGCUCAAGAGAAGCAACACAAGGAAGAAAAGGAAUCCAAAAGACGAAGACUCCUUGAGGCAUUCUUGUCUUCAAAGAAAGAUAGGUCGACUAAGCUUACAACUGCUUCAGGCAACCAACAGCAAAAGAAAAAGCUUGAAAAGGAAAAAAAAAAGUCUAAACGAGUACAAGUUGGAUGGAAACACUUCCGAGAGGAGGUUGAAGACUAUGUUCUUGUACCUCUGUCUAAGGGAGGUGGCAGUAGGUAUGCAACCAUGCUGUUAUCAAGUAACAGAACAGACAUUAUGAAAGUUUGUAAAUCCAUCUUUUUCCCUAAUGGAGUGUCAUAUUAUGGGAAAACAGAAGACAUGCUAUUUGCUAUUGGAAAUUUUCAUAAUGACCAAAUGGGUGUUACCCUGGAAGUGAAUGGGAAAGAGCUACCUUUCAAUAUUGGAAAUUACAUAGAGGCUUUUAAAUUGAAAGAUGUCAGGCUAUACUUGUUGUCCAAAAAGAUGACAACUCUCAGUGAUGAAAGUGAUGAUGGCUUACCACCCAUGAUAAUGAGUCAUGACACCAAUUCUUCUGAAAGGGCUUGUACAGCUGGUACUUCAAUUGAGGACAGACAAGAUGACAGAAAAGGCCUGAUUGGUACAACAGAACAAAGGGAAUCACUUAAAAGAGAGCAGGACACCGAGUAUGAACUUUCACUAAAAGCAGACAAGCAAAAAAGAAUCUCCCUUGAAAUUGCAAAGGCUGAGGCUGAACACAAGAAAAGAGUUCAAGAGGCACGAGCUGCAAGAGUUUUAGCAGAACCCAGCACAGAAUUUCUCACUGUAAGGGUCCGACACCCUACAAUGGGAGUAUGCUCUCGGCGGUUUCCAGCAAAUAGUCGAGUGGCAGUAGUAUAUGAUUGGGCUGGUUCUUUGACUCCAGACAUAGUGGAUUUCACACUCUGUGACCCUGUGGGAACACCGCUGCCACCAAGUAGUGAACUAGAGGAUAGAUGUACCUUGGUUAUGGCUACUACUAGACAUACACCAUCAUUGUGUGAGUCUGAUGAUGACAUUCAAUUCAUGGGAUUUGGAGAUGCAAGUAAUGGUAUUAACACAACACUGCCAGACUGUGAGUGCAACAUGGAAGGAAGGGAAAUAAAUACUGACGUGUAAGUAACUUAAACUUCCACUGCCAAUUUCCAUAUAAAUAACAGUCAGUCAUCAGAAAUUGUCAGACUGAAAAUUUCCCACUAAUAUUUCAUUUUUUUAACACAUGAUGCUUGGGCACUAAAAGGGCUCAGUUUUUAUCAGGAAGUAAUAAAUUUAUGUCUAAAAGUAAGGAACAUUAAAUUGGUCUUUUUAAGUAAGGAAAACGUAACUGCAGCAUUGAACUUCCUUAUACAUGUUGUGGAGGAGCAGGGAUUAUAGUAUCUACAUGUAUUUCGUGUGGUGUUAUCCUAACAGGCAUAAAUGUAAGAAAUUAAUAUCAAGGACAGACUUUCAGCGUUGCAUUUACAGACAAGGAGAUAUAUCUCAGAAAUCUGUUUCAUAAAGACAAUAUUGUAUAAAAAUUUGAUUGCUCUACAUUCUUUUCAUUUUAAACUUGAACUUGAUUGUUGUGUCACAGGCACCCCUUUCUUGUAUGAUGCUAUGAUAUUUAAAUUCAAGUUUUAAUUUAUAUGUUAUCCACAGUCAUUAGAAAAUAUUGCCUAUAUACUCUAAUGAGGGGCAAGAGGACCGUAAAUAAACUACCAGACUUAUGUGGGGAAGUUCCCUUAUUUGCAGGUAGAAUUAUAAAUAUUAUAAUAUAUAUCUAUUGUGUACUCUUGACUUCAUACCAAUCACUGUGAUGGUAUUUGUUUACUUUUAUUUUACUAGGCCCAUGACUCCAAUGCAGUUGGACAAUUACUACGCCUCCAUUCUGGUAGAGCAACCUGGAACUACAUGUCACAGGGAAAGUUAUUCGUCUGACAGUGAAGGUGACGUUUCUGCAAGUGAAACCCACAGUGAUAAUGUCCCAGCUGUUACUUGUUCUCAAGUGAAACCAGCACCUGAAAUACUGAAUGAACUAGCAGCCCAGAUAAAUGCUGAUUGCCUCACCAAAUUCAACAUUGCUCGCAAUUUCAUAUGGGAAGGAGCCAAGAGAGCAGUUUCCCGCAAAGUAUUUUCGCCAGCUAACAAGGUAUCUGUUAAGUUCACUGAUGACACUGGGAUCAGUGAAGGUGCCAUCGACUGGGGUGGCCCCAUGAGAGAGUUCUUUACGCUGAUACUACAAUGCAUCCAUGAUUCUCAACUUAUGUGUGGUCCGGAGAGCUGCAGAUUCCUGUCAUACAAUGUAAAGUGUUUAGAAGAUAAUGACUACUUUGUUGCAGGACUGAUGAUUGCAAUGUCACUCGUGCAUGGGGGACUUGCACCGCACUUCCUAUCCCCUGUCAUGUUUCAAGCUCUUCUCAGUGACCAACCUUUGACAGUGCCAUUGCAAGAUGUCUAUGAUCAUGAGCUGAAAUCUUCUCUGAAAUCUCUGAUAGACUGUGACACUGUAGAGAAAGCAAAGAGCUGCACAGUUGAUGGCAACUUGUCAACUGUUCUUGAGCUGGCUGGAACAUUGGCAAUGCCAAUACAAACCCUGGAUGAUGUCAAGAAAAUGGUUGCAGCAACUUCGCAGUGGUUUGUUCUCGGGCGAUGUAAACCAGCCCUUGAGAGCUUCCGAGAAGGCCUCUCAGCCCUUGGCGUACUAGAAGCAGUCAAGAGAUAUCCUGAUAGUUUCAGGCCAUUGUUUUGUGAUGUACCCGAGAAGCUGACAGCAGAAAGAAUGGAACAAUUGUUCAGGCCUACGUCAAGCCCUGUUGGUUCUUCAAAGGCAUUAACCGAGAGUCUUGUUUUGUCCAGAUGGGGUGAUUAUCUUCAGGACAUAGAAGAUGCGGAAGAUUCUGACAUCACCUUGAGUGACAUUUUGUUCUUUACCACUGGCUGCAAAGUAUUACCACAACGUGCGUUACCUGUCACCGUUGAGUUUUUGCAUGAAGGGUUGUCAAGAUUUCCCACAGCAAAUACAUGUUCAAACAUCCUCCGUCUUCCAGUUGUGCAUAGUGAUUAUGAAAGCUUCAAAGCUGAUGUUACCUUUGGAUUUCUCAAUGCACGGGGUUUCGGUACUGCGUGA